CCUCAACUUGAUGACUUCCAUGUUUCUCUACCUUUUACCAACUGGCCCAGAAGUCCCGUCUCUAAGCACACCAACGCAGCAGUUUUGGCAGUGCAGUCAUUCAAAAUGUUUACUCUCUAGAUUACUGACGGAUUGUCUAGAGCAUUCUGUAACUGCCCACUAGGCAUCGUCCUCCAAACUCAUUGUCGUCUUCCUUUUCUGUUCGCCCACUUAUGAUCUCCAAGAUGAUACCACGAAUACACAACCUUCUCCUUGCCAUGACUACCGACUUUGCAAUAUAUAUAGCCUGUCGAACCUGCUAACUGUGCUCUCGACACUUUGACAAUCAUCCUUUUCCAUCGGAUUGCUCUGCUCGGCAUUGCACCAGACACUAUUCCAACGCCAGUGUAUCGGGAAGUCCGAUGUCUGUUUUCACUUUUGAUCCCGACCCGCCCAGGGUCGCCUCUCCAUGGCUGAGAUCAGGAGAUUCUCGAGAAACCCACUCUUCGGAUCGGCCUGCAGUGCGGCGGGGAGCUCUUGGAUUCGGACUUCUAUCCGACUAUGGGGUGACUAAGCUGGAGCCAGAACCUCAGGAUGGGCCGACUGAGUAUAAGCUUCACUUGCUACUGAGGCCGCGCAGAAAAUAUGAAAGGAUCAGCACGGCGACUCGAAUCUCAGGAUCGACCCAGUCACGACCUCCUGCCGACCCUAAGACGCUGAAGUCGGCUCUUAUCGCCCCUGGGCCCUCCAGUUCUUCAACUCAAACCCGCCAAGAUCGACUUGAGCAUCUUACAACCCAACUUCUCUGGAGAUUGCAGCAGUCAUGCCCAUACCAUGCCGGCACUGCCGCUCCUGGGCUUGUAAUUCCACAGCUACCUGACGACAGUGUUGCGCUGAAUGCGCCUGUUAAGCUGGGCAAGUUGCUUCCCGGCUUGGAAGCAUCGAGGGGAGCGCUCUAUGAGAUUGGUGUUGCCGACGAUGGCACGCUGGCGGGCUUAACUAAGGACGAAAUGGACGAGAGCCUUACCACCCUCCGAGUCAUGGCCGCAAGCCUAGGAUGCAAUGUGGAGGUGCUCCGUAUGUUGGUUGUCGGGGACUGCGCUUGGAUUGAGCCAACCGGCUCUGAAGAUUCCUCGGGUUCGGAACCUGAGGGCGUUUGGCAGCAGGCUAAGUUGUGGGUUGCCGAAGCACUGAUUACGCCCGAUUUGCGACCCCGAGAUCCCAGCCAGACACCGACUACCUCCGGGUUGCCAGGAACGGUGCGGUUGGCCGAGGCCCUGCCUGACCCGAAGCAAGGACCUCUCACGAUCGACCAGUUGCGCGUUACGCUUACAGGGCCAACCACGUCGGGGAAAUCGACACUCCUAGGCACGCUCUCCACUGGUACUCUUGACAAUGGGCGCGGAAAGGGCCGGCUUGGCCUCCUAAAACACCUCCAUGAAGUUGCUUCUGGCAUCACAUCGUCUGUCACGCAAGAGCUCGUUGGCUACAACGACGGUGAAAUUAUCAACUAUGCCCACAGCGGUGUUGAGUCCUGGAUAGAUAUUCAUGACUUUACAAGAGAUGGCCGACUCGUCUAUCUCCUGGAUUCGGCUGGCCAUCCGCGAUACCGGCGGACCAUCCUCCGCGGUAUCGUAGGUUGGGCCCCUCACUGGACCUUGCUCUGUAUAGCGGCGGACAGCGGUGAAUUGACUUCGGCUGCUGGAGCCACAUCUACCUCGCUGGAAGUGCUGGGCCCAACCGGUGCUGAUGUCAACCUGGUUUCGGCUCAUCUUGAUCUCUGUCUCCGUCUUCGCCUUCCCCUGGUCAUCGUUAUCACAAAAUUGGAUCUGGCUAAUAAGCUGAGCGUGUCUACUACGCUCAGCAAAAUCCUCUCCAGUGUUAAAAGAGCUGGUCGAAUACCCAAAAUGGUGAAAGCGGGACCAGCGAGUAAUUCUGAUUUCAGCCGCGUGUCAGAGUCGGAUAAGGAAUCCGUCAAGGACGUACUGGACUGCAUGCUCUCGAGCGAUGAUCCAUUCUCAUUGGUCCCUAUCGUGCUUACCAGUGCAGUGGAUGGGCGAGGCGUCGGUUCGCUUCAUGCCCUGCUCCAGAGUCUUCCGCUGCCUCCUACGCCGACCUCACACGACUACAUCGGUGCGGCGCUGAAUCCAGAGCAGCCGGCUUGCCUGUUCCAUAUCGAAGACAAAUUCAGCCUCCCCGCUUCCUACGCCCUAGCAACAAGUGACGCCGACCAGCAAACCGACCAUGGGACUGUGGUUGCGGGCUAUUUACGGUUCGGCAGCCUGUCGAUCGGCGACAAGGUAGUAGUGGGUCCGUUCCCAUCCGGCGACGACGACUCUCACGGGGCGACUCCUGAGGAGCGGUCAUCCGGCGGAAUUGUCGGUAGCUAUGGCCUCUCAGUAUCCCACCCAUCCUCGGCAGAACUCAGCCGCGCCGCCUCGAGGAGCACCGUCUCCGCGUCAGCCAUCAAGGGCGAGUGGCACACGGCAUCCAUCGUCAGCAUCCGCAACCUCCGCCUGCCCGUGCAGACACUCACGGCGGGCCAGGUUGGGUCCAUCGGGAUGGUGUUCGACCAGUCCAACCAGGGGGAUCUCGCCAUCUCUCGCUCCGCCGGCCGUUCGCCGAUGACGACAACGACUACGACGCCUAGGCUGCGCAAAGGCAUGGUGCUGGCCGUGCCUAGUCAGCACAUGGUCUCGUCAGGCUUGUCUCUGCAGGCUGUCAGCGGGCUGACGGCCGUGUUCGACCAGGAUAAUCAGGGGGCCGCCUCGCUGUCGCUUGGCUGCCUGGUCAACAUAUACGUGGCAAGUGUUCGCUCGGCCGCGAGGGUCCUGCGUGUCUCGAGAGUCAAGUCGGAGGAUAGUGGCGGCGGGGGUCGGGUGCCUGGGGACGAGAUUGAUGACCUCUUUGGUCCAGCGGAGGAUAUGGAGGUGCAGGAUGCAGAUAUGAGCUGCGUCGAGGUGCAGCUGGAGUUGUUGUCAACGCGCGAAUGGAUCGAACUGGGGUCGCGGAUCCUGAUUCUUGAAGGUGGGAGCAAAGACAAGUCGGGGUUGGAAGGCUUUGUGGGUAAAGUGGUUGAGAUUGCCGAAUGAGGAUGAGCUUCUGGGGGUUGUUUUGAUAUUUUUGUUUCCUUUCCCCUUUUUCCUCUUGCCUACGUUUAUGCCUCUCUGCCUUGCAUAUAUCUGGCUUCUGAUUUUCAAUUGUUUUCCUGCUGAUCUGGUUAUUUCACAGUCUUUUCUGGACUAUAUAUCCAUCUGCAUGGUAUUGGGUAGAUGGAGGUCUUUGAACUCGAUAUCUUGCCAUAUUUCUAUCAAUUAGAAAUAGACAAACACUCAACUUAUUGACAAUACGACACUGACGCCUUAC